AUUAAACAGACAGAAGUUCUCUAUUCAAAGGCCUAGCGAGGAGUCUUCUUCACAGACCAACGAGGUCACUGGGAGCAGUGAGUGAAACGCGGGGCCGGCCUGGCGCCCACACUCAAAAUGGCAGCGGCCUGACAGUCACCUGUGUGGCCGCUCUAUCUCGGUUCCGGGUUCGUCUGCCUCAGUGGUGGCGCCGGAGGGGUAAAGGCUGGCAUUCUGUUCGGUUUCCGGACCCGUCUCUAUGGUUUCGGAGGGAGCGGACCCCAGAAGAUUGUAGGUUUAGUGGCCACAGCCUCGCGGGGGAGGCAAGGGUGGUUGUGUCAACUGGGGGCGAAGAGGGGACCGGAGCCAAGACCUGGGCCGCCUCCCCCGCCACCCUCCCGCAGUUCUGCUUGGCUUUGAGGAGCUGUGACCCUGUUUCACUGCAUAAGGGAUGGGAUCAGAGAACAGCGCUUUGAAGAGCUACACACUGAAAGAGCCUCCAUUCACCUUACCCUCUGGACUAGCUGUUUAUCCUGCUGUGCUGCAAGAUGGCAAAUUUGCUUCUGUUUUUGUGUAUAAAAGAGAAAACGAAGACAAGGUUAAUAAAGCUGCCAAGCACUUGAAGACACUUCGUCACCCUUGCUUGCUAAGGUUUUUAUCUUGCACUGUGGAAGCAGAUGGCAUUCAUCUUGUCACUGAACGAGUGCAGCCUCUGGAAGUGGUUAUGGAAACUUUAUCUUCUGCAGAACUCUGUGCUGGGAUCUACGACAUACUGUUAGCGCUCAUCUUCCUUCAUGACAGAGGGCACCUCACGCACAACAAUGUCUGCUUGUCUUCUGUGUUUGUGAGUGAGGAUGGGCAUUGGAAACUGGGAGGCAUGGACACAGUCUGCAGUGUUCCUCAGGCCACCCCUGAGUUUCUGAGGAGUAUUCAGUCAGUAAGAGAUCCAGCAUCUAUUCCGCCUGAAGAAAUGUCUCCAGAAUUUACAACUCUGCCAGAGUCUCAUGGACAUGCCCGGGAUGCCUAUUCAUUUGGGACAUUGGUGGAAAGUUUGCUCACAGUUUUAAAUGAACAGGUUUCAGCGGAUGUUCUUUCCAGUUUUCAACAGACCUUGCACUCAACUUUGCUGAAUCCCAUUCCAAAAUGUCGGCCAGCGCUCUGCACCUUACUGUCCCAUGACUUCUUCAGGAAUGAUUUUCUAGAAGUGGUGAAUUUCUUGAAAAGUUUAACAUUGAAGAGUGAAGAGGAAAAAACUGAAUUCUUCAAGUUUCUGCUGGUCAGAGUCAGCUGUUUAUCAGAAGAAUUGAUAGCGUCUCGGUUAGUGCCACUUCUGCUUAAUCAGUUGGUGUUUGCAGAGCCAGUAGCUGUUAAGAGCUUUCUUCCUCAUCUGCUUGGCCCUAAAAAAGACAAUGCACAGGGAGAAACCCCUUGCCUGCUCUCACCAGCCCUGUUCCAGUCGCGAGUGAUCCCUGUGCUGCUGCAGCUGUUCGAGGUCCACGAGGAGCAUGUACGGAUGGUGCUGCUGUCCCACCUGGAGGCCUACGUGGGCCACUUCUCGCAGGAGCAGCUGAAGAAAGUCAUCUUGCCUCAGGUGUUACUGGGCCUGCGUGAUACCAGCGAUUCCAUUGUGGCAAUUACUCUUCACAGCCUGGCAGUGCUGGUCUCUCUACUUGGACCAGAAGUAGUUGUGGGAGGAGAAAGAACCAAGAUCUUCAAACGCACUGCUCCAAGUUUCACUAAAACUGUUGACCUUUCCCCAGAAGACUAUCUCUUGCGUGCCAUCUGCAGCCAGCAUGGUCAGACCCUGCCCAGCCCGGAGAGCCCCUCCUCUAGCUUAUUCCCUCAGUGUUUCUCUUCUGGCAACAUGCCCUUCAACCGCGAGCAGCACAUAGAGCAAGACUGCUACAGUACGCUUUCACGCACAGGAAAUCAAUUUUCUCAUCCUAUUAAAUUUCCCAUGAAUGGAAUAUCAGAUGUGAAAAAUACCUCAGGAGACAGUGAAAACUUUCCAUUAUGCUCUAAAAGGUCUGAGGAAUGGCCUGACUGGAACGAGCCUGAAGAGCCUGAAAACAAAACUGUCAGCUUACAGGUUUGGCCAACAGAACCUGAUACUGCCAAGCCCCCACUCCCUACCCACACUGCAGAGGAGACAACUUGGGACGACUUUGAGUCCAACAGCUUAGAUGGCAUCAGUGCUGUAAGACCUGUUACCUCAGGGGAGCAAAAGGCUAUUCCUGCUCUGCUUCCACUCACCCAAGAGUCCCAGCAAUCAAGCCCACCCCAAAAGACUAGUCUUGUACCAAGUGAGGAUGACCCAGACAAAACCAAGCCUACAAAAGUAUUGUCACAAGAAAGGCACCUUAAAGCGCCAUCAGAACUCGGUUUAGGAGAGGAAUUUACCAUUCAAGUAAGAAAGAAGCCAGUACAAGACCCUGAAAUGGACUGGUUUGCUGACAUGAUCCCAGAAAUUAAGCCUUCCACUGCUAUUAUUAUUUUACCUGAACUGAGGACAGAAAUGAUGGUUCCCAACAAGGAUGACAUCUCACCAGUGAUGCAGUUCUCCUCAAAAUUUGCUGCAGUAGAAAUGACUGAGGGAGACUCUGGAGGCUGGGGAGAAGAAGGGGAGCUCAACUGGGAAGAUACUAACUGGUGACAACAGGUGUGAAUAAAUCUUAGGAAAAAGGAUUCCUAUAAAAAAUGUCAAACUAAUACCUCAAAAGCAGGCUCUGCAGACAAGAAAACCCCAAGGCAUCCUGUUUUCCUGUGGGAGCUCCUUUUCCAGUCUGUGCCAACUGCAGCAUGAGCCCUCGGAUGCCUGCCAAGGCCCCGGACAGGGCAUGGAGGCGCCUGCCUUUCGCUGGGUCUCCGGAGACCAAGUGGCUGCAGAAAGGCUGGAUAUACUGCUUUUUUCAGGACAAUUCCAGAAGUAGAGAAAAUAAAUACAAAAAUUCAAGCUGAUUAGCUUAAUUUUGUGCCAUUUCUUUAACACUCAAAGUAAGGUCUAUUAUGAAAUAUAACUUCCUGAAAAAUUUUAGCUAUAAAGUAUAUAUAAAAGACUUAAAAUUGCUGUGGUUUCCCGGGCAGCUUAUUUAUUUGUUUACAGUUGUACUGUCUGGAGUGAAUGGCCCUGUUGGGACCUGAGCAGUUACUGACUGUUCCAUAUAUUAUGUUGUACCAAAGUUCUUAAUGAGAAAUACCCCCACAAUCCUGUUCUCUGAAUGUCCAAUAAAGGCUAUUUUAACUAGA